CGCAAGUUGAAUCGUCGCUCGCUUCAGUCCAAUCCGCUUCGUCAAGCAUGUGCAAGGUCAUCAACACCGUCCAGUCGCUCGCCUGGCUGCGCCGCGCCGUGCGGCGGUGGCGCUCCCGAGCGGCGGCCUCGGUGCUGCCCAACAAGGAUGUGUUGGUGCCGGCGGGGCACGUGGCGGUGCGCGUGGAGGGCCGCGGCGACGGGGAGUCCUCGCCGAGACGGUUCGUUGUGCCGGUGGCGCAGCUGAGCCACCCGGCGUUCUGGGAGCUGCUCCAGCAGGCGGAGGAGGAGUACGGUUUCCCGUCGGCCUCCGGCCCCCUCGCGCUCCCCUGCGACGAGGACCACCUCCGCGAUGUCCUCCGCCGCGUCUCGUCCUCGGUCCCCAAGGAUCGCGGCUGCUUCCGCCGCCGCGGUGCCAUGGCGGCGCCGCACGAUGACUCGCGGCCGCUGCUGCCGGGGGUGGCUUUGAAGAAGCUCGUCUCGUGAUUAAUCGUAGGUCGAUCGUUCGUUCGUAUAAGCGCGAUAGCCGUGCUCAUUUGCUCCUUUUCAUGCAAGCCGAAAGCAGCAGCCAGCAGUAGUACAACUACGGUCACGCGCGCCCAUGCCGCGGCGCCGUGCCAUCCAUGGCGCAGAGUGCGCGCGCUGAAACCGGGCAAGACUGUUACACUGACAAAUCGCCCCGAUGCUACUGGACUAUCACCCCAUCAGUCGAGUUGGCAUCUUAUAAAAUGUACAUAUUUUCUUGUCCUAAAGAUUAAGGCCCUGUUCGGAGACCCGCCACUCCACCACUCCGUUCCCGGAGUUGGAGUCAAAAAGCACGGAGCUGGGAAAGAGAUGCUCCAGCUCCUCGUGUUUUUAGGAGUUGGAGUGACUCCGAACAGGGCCUAUAUAUUUGUGUCCUAUUUGCAGAUCUGUUGGCUGUGGAGGGAAAAGUAGUCACCUGCACACAACCAGCUAAAAAAAAAUCACAACACGCACGCACACUCACUCGAACUUAUACUUGGUUCAUUAGGUUUCAGUCUUACUAGAAACUAACGCGUGCUUUGCUGCGCCAUUUUUCAGUCCUGAGGUUCACAUUUCCCCCUCUUGCAGGCGUAUUGUUAGCCUUAAUGCAACCUACAACAGAUUUGGGAUCUGAAAUUAAAAAAAAAAACAUCUACCAAUUCAGAAAAGAGCUACAACUAAAAAUUCAGAAAGAAGAGAAGAGGCAGGACAUCUCUGGAUUAGUCUAGCUCUGCCUUUGCCUGCACCAUUGGUUACCAUGAGCAAAGAUAACUGAAGUUGCUAGGAGGGUCCUUCAGUAUCUAUCUCAGAUACAUUCAUGCAGUAAGCAGGCUCCACAGAC